AUGUCAUUUUACGACAAGUCUAGUUCUGUAGGUUAUGAUGAGCGCGAUAAGGAGUUGAAUGACGAAUUGGAGGCCAUGCUAGCGCGCACCCCACCCCAGAUUCAGCGGCAUCUGCAACACCGCAUUCACGACGGCAUCCUACAACGCAUGAAGGAGGAAACGACAAGGAAGUGCUGGGUAUUUGUUAAAAAGUAUGAAGAGUGUGUGAAUUCGGUUCAACCGUAUAAGAUAAAGGACUGUAUUCCUCACCGGGAUGCUCUAAAUGAUUGCGCCCACGAGAUCAACCGUGAGGAGAAUUAUCAGAAAUAUCGCAUCUUGUAUCUGCAUGGUGAACUUCUUAAACUUCAUGAACACCGUCUAGGUGAAAAGAUGGAAGCAUUGAAAUCCCGUGUUCCUGAUUCAAUUAGGACUUGGAAGCCCGAUUAUGCUCCAAAAUACGCCGAUAUGAUGUCAGACGUGGGUGUAAAACCUUCCGUGGGGACCGAGAAGGAUGUAGAUGAUGUUUGA